GAGAUCGAGGCCGCGGAUUCAUAGCAUCCAUACGAAAGAGAACACGCAAGCGUGAAGUGUUCCUCUUCUCUCUCUAUCUUUUUAUUUUUAACUGAUCUAGACGGUAACCCCAUUCGCGCCAACAAUUUUUUUGGCGCCGUGUUCAUUCCUUUCUCUUAUUUCAUUUGCAAUCCCUCUUUUGCUAAUACCAAUCAAUACCUUUAUCACCGUAUCUCACUUCAGAUUAAUCUCUCCCUCUUUCUCUCUAUCGCUUCCAAUCUAUCCUUCUCUCGCGGGAACGUAGUCGGCGACUACGAAUCUUCCUCCCGGGGCCAUCAUUGUGACUAACGACUACUCAACAAUAAGAAAAAUACAAGUUCUACUUCCCCCCAAUGGAGUUACGUAGUUGCACUCAUUUACAUUUUAUCCUAGUUGCUAAAGGUGGUUUGGCAACAAAAGCCCUGAACGUGUAUCAUGGAAGGCCGGCACUUAAGUUCAAGAAGGUCAAAGAUCUAUAUGAAACCGGCGAUGAAAAUUUUUUUGAUCCAUUUCCAGUGUUUAGACCAAAAGUUGAGUUUGAAUGUGGCGAGGCAGAAAUUCUACAUACAGUUGCAGAAGAAAGAGCGACAAAAAGUGAUGGUGAAAUUUCAGUGUCUAACAGCAAAGGUUUUGAUGUUGGAGCAAGGGAAAUAGAUGAUCUUAACUUUGGCAAUAUGACACUGAAACAAAUUAGAGAGAAAUGUAAAGAAAAGAGAAGGAAAUCUUCCACAUAUGCCUGUUUGAAUAAAAAAACUAUUGAAACUGGUUCCCUUGGAAAAGGGAACCAUUUUAACUCACAGUCUGAGGAAGAUGAAUGUGAUAUCAUGGAGCCCCUCAGCUGUUGGAAAUCCAGAAUUCUAAACAGGAAGAAGACCAAGAGAAAAGGCAUAAGCAAAAGUGUCUAUACUUCACUUCAGAAUGCCUUAUCUAUUGUGAAGUUCGAGGGAAUCCCCAGUGAUGAAGUUGUCUUUCAAUCUAAUGAAAAUUUUCCAUCACCUAUUGCUGUUAAACUUGAGGAUCCUGUGUCUACUUAUUCAGCUUGCAAAGAUAUCAUCAUCAUUGAUGCAGAUUCCUCUUUUAGUUGUAAUGAGCUAGUGGCCUUUAACGGAGUGGCACCAUGUGAAGAGCCUGAGGCAGCUAAUGAUUAUUAUUUGGAGACUGGAACAUCAAUGAUAGCCAGUGCGGAGCCAGAUACAGCAAAAGGCUCUGUUUCUGAAAUUGGGAUGUCUGUGAUAACCAGUGAAGAGUUGGCAACUAAUGCUUGUGGUAUUGAAACACAGAUGACAACUCUCUUCAGCAAUGAGCCUCAGUGUUGUGCUACUAAUGAAGAAUCACAUGAGUAUAUGGAGCAUAAGUAUCCUAAAUCAAUUCAGGAUGUAAAAUUCUUAGGCGGGGAGAUAAUGAUGGAGGGUGCUGCAGAAGUGAUCAGUAAUAAGUUUUCCGAUUUUUCUUUAUCAGAUGUAAAGAAAGAAGGUGCUAUCAUAGAUCAACAUCCCAAAAAUGACUCCCCUGAAACAGUUUUUCCAAGGGAGGGUCAUAUACCUGUGUUACAACACCAAAGGUUUCCUUAUGUGCAUGAGAAAUCAUGGAAGACCAGCAGUAGCAGCCAGGUUCACAUACCUAAUGUCGCCAUCAAUAAUCACCUUCAAUGCAUUGAAAAUAGCAAAAAACACAAUUCAUGUCUUCCUGGGGAUGAAACUAAAGAUGAUACACUUGAUGUUGAAGCCAAUGUCAUAAGCAGCCCUAACAGAGACUGUAGUUCACUUUGGAAUCCAAAUUUACAUUCAAGUCCAAGAGGCUGUUUAGUUUCUGCUGCUGAUAAUUCUCCUACAGCUGAGGAAAAACAAUCACGAUUAUCUGCUUGUGCUGAUGCAACAGGAAGCUGUUCUCCAGUGAUCCAUUCAUGCAUUGAUGAGCCUGUGAUAUCAGAAAAGGUGGAGGAUUGCUGUCACUCAAAGAUGCAACAUCCUUCCGAAAGGCUCUUUUCAACUAGAAUGGCCAUCUCUCCAACUUCUCAGAAAAGGCUACGUGAAGUUAUGGAGUCCAUUGAGUUAGAUGAUGAGCAAUACUACAGGUAUGCAAGGAAACUUUGCUAUAGAAAACAGAAUAAGUAUAAGAAUGGUAGACUUGAAGGACCCAUUCAGAUCAAGAGAGCUGAACUCAUCACUAGCCCUAAGAAAGUUUCUAGGAAACCAAAGAUAUGUAAAAAUGGUUUCCAUCGAAAUGAUAUUCUCAAGGUUCCUCCUCCCUCUCGUGCUGGACGAUGUUUUAGUACUGGGUGCACCUCUGCCCUAAGUUCUUCAGAGAGUGCCAUUCUGUUCUCACAGCAACAGAUGCAUGAUAUUGAAUCUGUUGCAACUAAACUUGCAAAAGAGUUGCAGCUCAUGAAGGACAUAGUGGAAGAAACAUUGCAGUCCAAAGUCUAUCUGGCUACAUGCUCGAAAUAUGAUGCAGAGGAGAUAAGACUUGCCAUACAAAGUGCAACAAGAGUUGAAGAAAGUGCAAGAAGAUCUCUUUCUAUAAUGGCAAGGGACUGCAACCGUUUUUGUAAAAUCAUGAAAUUGGCCAAGAAAAAUUCUGCUGAUUCCCGAGAUGGGGUCUGCAAGAAGAGGAAGAUUGUUUUUGCCGAUGAGGCUGGUGGAAAGCUAUGUGAUGUCAAGACUUUUAGGGAUGGCAUGGAUUUUUUUGUGGAGGCUAAGAGUGAGAAAACGGGAACUUUUGAUUAAGAGAUGAAGAUCUUGCUUGCUGUGCAAUUGUACAUUUAAUUAUGGCGUUCAAAUGCCAAAUUUGAUGCUCAAAGAGAAGGACAAAACGUAUGGGGCUGUUAGGCCUAUGAUCUAGACAUAGUCUGAAGUUAUGCCUGACGGGUGUAUUAGAGGCAAAUGGAGAAAGCUGCUACAGGAUAGGAAGAGUUGCGACCAAUUUUAUCCUCAGGCAAUCCCGUUCUGAUCUUUCAUUGUUCAUUUUUUGUUCUCUUUCUAAUCUGGAUAUUGCAUUGAGCUAUGAUGUACACAUUUUCUUAGAAGCAAAUAAAAAUAGCUAUUCAUCCUUGAUGACAUUUAUACAUGCAUCAAGAGGGAAUUCUAACCUUUUACAUUGGAAA